AGAACAUUUUUGCUGGAAACGCAGCGAAAAACUUGCGAAAAACCCAUAAAAGAAAGUUGCAAUUUCUGGCUAAAAUAAAAAUAAAAAUAAAAAUAAAAUCAAAUAAAAUAAGAGUCAAGUGGAGCAGAAACCAAAUGGAGAAAGGGAGCGCUGCAGCCCAACCCCCAAGUGUAUUAAUUCAAUAAACCUAUUUAUCUGAGACUUCGACUGGGAUUUUGGGGAAAGACGGAGAGAUAGAGAUUUCGCAGAGAAUGCGACAAAGUUUGCCAGCCAAGACGGCGCAGUGCAAUCAGCCCAGUCUGCUAAGGAGUCGACAGAGGAGUCAGAGAAGCCAGAGGAGCAGCCAGAGCAGUCGGAGCAGCCAGAUUCGAUGCCGCAAACGAGUCCCAAUUGGAGGCAGGCGUACAAUGAGCGCACAAAAGGCGCUGUAAGUGUCAUUGCAGCCAGGAACUGUGCCACUGGGACUGCCACAGCCACAGCCAGAGCCAGCGCCACUGCCACAGCCACAGCCACAGUUCGGCGAAGGACAGCCACGUUGACAACUGCAGAGAUGACAGUCAGGGCAGGCGAUGUGGGCGGACCAUCUUCAGUCCAACGUCGCCAAUUUUUACGUAGCACCAGGACACGGACAGCGUCUUGGCUGGAUCUCCUUCCAGCCCUUCUGGUCCUCGGCUUUGGGAUGCAACUUGUCACCUGCAGCGAGGCAAAGCCGCAGCCGCAGCCGCAGCCACAGCCACACGCAGGGGCAGAGCCAGAGCCAGGACCAGCAAUGGGGCAGGUACAGGCAGAGGCACAACCACCGACACCGACACAGACACGGACACAGCUUAUGCCAGCCCCGAGAUCCACACUGUCAGAUAGGCCAAUGACAACACACAACGAUCUAAUUACGACAGCCAGGAACUUGACGACAGCAAAAAAACAAACAACAGAAUACGAGGCGGCUUCAACGAGCCUGAGCGAAAGGGAAACAAGCACGGCUGUAGCCCGGGGCAUGUCAUCAGCAGCAGCAGCAGCAGCAGCGGGAACAGCUGUAGCAGAAGGUGCAGCGCCUGGUGUGGAGACGAUGGAAGCGACCAAGUCAGCACAAAUUGGGCUAACAACUCGGCCCGCAGAAGAGCAAGUACUAGAGCAAAUAGCGACUGCAGCCACAGAAGCAGCAGCAACAACAACAGCAGCAGCAGCAGCAACAACAGCAGCAGCAGCAGUGGCAGCAGAAGAGCGUACGACAGAAACCACAACAGCAGCGGCAACAGCGACAGCGGCGAUGCUCAUAUCAACAAUUUAUCCAGCAUCAACGGAAACGGAUGGCCACAACUCCAUUGAAACGGUGCCAGCAGAGAACCAGAAAAAGGAAUCAGAAAACCAAGCAUUGGGCAGAGCAGAGCUCCCUGCAGAGGAUGAUGAAAGGAACUCGUUGAUGCCACUGCCGCUACCGCAUCCGGGUGGGGCUGAUUCAUUGACCAAGGGCUUCUCCAUACCCACCUUCCUGCCACCAUUUCCCGUUUUUGCGGCAGCGGAUUUGCCAGCUUACCGAGCUGCAGCCGAUGCAGCGGCCGCCGCCGCGGCGGCAAUAGAAGAGGCAACCAAAGCAGCAGCAGCCGCAGCAGCUGCAGCAGCAUCCUCGGAGGCAGCGACAUUGUCGCCAGAGGAGCAACGGCGACGAAUGUUUGAUGAGCAACAUUCGUUCUUGGCCGCCCACCGGGCGGCCCUGGACGGGGACGGGCAGGUGGUGCGACGGAAUCUGACAAUGCCGGUGCUAAACAUCACCGCCCAAAUGGGGAAUCACGCCUAUAUGCCAUGCCAGAUACAUCGCCUCUCCGACAAGCCCGUCUCGUGGGUGCGCAUGCGCGACAACCACAUUAUCAGUGUGGACGAGACUACCUUUAUAGCGGAUGAGCGUUUCCAGUCGAUCUUCCAGGAAGAUCACGACUACACCUGGUCGCUGCAGAUCAAAUACGUAGUGCCCGACGAUGCGGGCGGGUACGAGUGUCAAAUGGCCACGGAACCGAAGCUGAGUGCCAAAGUGCACUUGGAGAUAGUCACACCCAAGACUGAGCUAAUUGGGGAUCAGAGUCGCUUCGUUAAGGCCGGCAGCAAGGUGGCCCUCCACUGCAUCGUUCGGGGGACUCUGGAUCCCCCAAAAUACAUCAUCUGGUUCCGGGGCCAGAAGAAGGUGAGCGAGAGCGAUGAGCGGACUGGGUGGUAUACGCAGCUCGAUCGCAAUAUCUUCGGGACAGUGGGUGAUAAUCAAAAUACGAUCGGUUCAUUAAUUAUACCGGUCGUGCGUAAAGAGGACUCCGGCAAUUAUACGUGCCAGCCAUCAAACAGUGUCUCCGUCUCCGUGGACCUGCACGUCCUAAGCGGUGAAUAUUCCGCAUCGGCCAUCAUGUCAACGGCAUCGGUAUCGUGGACGAAGACAAGGACGAGCACCAGCGGGAGAGGCACGUCCCAAUUGAUGCUGUGGAUGCUGGGACUCCUGGGACUCCUUGGGGCGCUGCAGGGACCGUUGCACACACCCCAGACGACGUGACUCGCCUAUUGAAUAAACGGGACCCAUGGACACACGGACACGCGGUCGAGGAUGCUGACUUGGAUGCUGCGGACAUUGGUGUCCAGCUUCCAAUUAUUUGUAAGCUUUUGCGCCAUCUGCAGUUACGUAAUUUAGGUUAGAGAUUAAUUAAAGGCGGCCUUGUAAAUAGCAGAAAUGUAGAGAGAUGGCAGCAGGAU